CAUCACUUCUGCUUUCAGAGAGCAGGCAGAAAGCAUCAAAGCUUCUUGUUCUGAGCCUUUUGGCAGUUUGACCUGCGAAACAACGAUGUGGAAGGUUAUUGUUCCUUUUUUUGCCGCUCUUUUAGCCUUUGGCUUUUGUCAGAUGAUAGCUGGAGGCUUACACAAGAUAAAAGAUGCAGAUAACGAUGAGGGCUUCCAGAGAGCGCUGCAGUUUGCUGUUGUCCAACACAACAACGGGACCAAUGACACGGUCCUCUACCAGGUCCUUAAGGUGGUCUCGGCUGAGCGUCAGGUGGUAGCUGGGACCAAUUACGUAAUUACUGUGAUUUUGGGAAGAACCAACUGUGAGAAGGAGGCACCAGCAGAUGGCUGUGCUGUCCACAAAGAGCCAGGAUUCGCUCGGCCUUAUCAGUGCAAAUUCAAAGUGUGGAGUCGCCCAUGGCUCAAUGAUACCCAGCUGACCAAAGAGGAAUGCGGUGAUAUUGAACCUACUUCACCAUAAAAAACAUUUUUCUUUUGAAGAUCUAUGAAGUGAUACUAUCUUGACACCCUCUCAAAAUCACUUCACUAAAUGCUACUUUCAAACUUUAUUAAAUUUUUCUGCAAUGCAAAACAAAAGUCUCACUAUGAAAGUAUUCAUUAGCACACAAAAGUAAAUAAAGCAACUCCAAUGACGUUUUAUUGAAGGAUUUGAAGGGCUUUCCUGGUGCAAUUUGGAAGUGUGACCUAAUGACAACCAGCUGACCUAAGAGGAGUGCAGCAGUAUUGAACGUACUUCAGAGUGAAAAACUGUUUUCCCUUGAAGAUCUGCAGUGUCACUACCUUCAGGUCACUUCAGCAAAUGCUACUUCACAACUCUAACUGUUGUGAAAUUUUCAAGAACCUCCACAAAGAUCUGUAUUCUGCAAUUCAAAACCAAAAUAGCACCAUGAAAGUAUUCAACAAAGAAACAAACAAAAGACUUACACUGUUUCAAAUAAAGUAACUUUUAAACUUC